CACAGCGGUAAAAACAGUGAUGGAUGAGGAGAGGGAAAGAGCACAAACUGAAUGCAAGACCCAGAAUUUGGUAGAAAUUACCUCUGUACAGCCGCAUGAAAUUAAUAUCGAGUCAAAUCACGUUGAAGGCGAAAUCAAUGCAGACACAAUUAUGAAGAAAUGUGGCGCCAUGGUGGUAUGCGACGACGCUUCGAAAUUUUGCAACGCCGUUCAAACCGUGGAGGCGGCUGAGAAGCGUGAUUUUGAAGAAGACAAAAUGGCGGAGUUGCAGCGUGUUGAAGUAGGAAUGAGUCACCUUUCUGUGGAAUCAAGAGCGUCCAGUGUUGCUGAAAUUUAUCCUAGCCGUAUCGAUAUAAAAGACUUGGAAGCGGUCGUGCAAGCAUUCUCUGGCGAUGAUAAUUUGCCCGUUCGUUUAUGGAUUGUCGAAUUUGAGACUGCUUGUAGCAUGCUUGGAGUGCCAGAUGAACGUUUGUGGAUCUAUGCAAAGCGUUUAUUGAGUGGAUCGGCAAAGGAAUAUUUCCUCCAUCAAGGAGCCAUACCGUGGGGCGAUUUACGUAAGCAGCUUAUGGAUGUAUUUGGGGAGGAGUGCACGCGCUUGGAGAUUGGCGAGCAGUUAAAAAAAUGCAAGCAAGCUAAAGACGAAUCGGCUUUUCAUUAUUUUAUAAGAAUGUGCAGUAUUGCGCGUCAAGCCGAUUUGGAAGAUUGCGACGUCAUCAAACACAUUGUGUGUGGCUUGCGCGAUGGAGUUGGUAUUACGUCAUCGUUGUUCUUUUGUCAGACCCUAAAAGAGCUACGUCAGAAAGUGAUCCAGCUCGACAAAAUCCGGCCGUUGGUGUUAUUGAACGAAGCAGGCUCUACGAAUAAAGCUACAGUACGUGAAGUCCGCUGCUACAACUGCCGUCAGAUGGGUCACAUAUCGACUGAGUGUAAGAAGCCGAAACGUCCAAUCGAUGGAUGUUUCACUUGCGGGGAGAGAGGCCAUCAGCAUCGGGACUGCCCGAAACGCCGUAUGAAAGAUACAGUUGCCGCUACUGCAGAGCUGGUAAAGGAAGAAGACGAUGUGGCAGCCAUACAAUUACCCAGUUAGUUUUAUAUAUAAAUCCGUAGUACCAAAUGAUUUUGUAUUGGAAAAUCCAUUUAUGAAGAAAUAUCAUGGACUGGGAGGAACCCAACUUUCUGUUUGCGGACAAGUGAAAUCCCGUAUUAAAUUUAAUGGAAAAUAUUAUGAAAUUUUACUUUUAGUUAUAGAUAAUGGUAGACUACCAACACAGUUAGUGCUUGGGAGAGAUGCCCUCAGUAUCCUCCAAGUUCGAUUAAUACAAAACAAUGUUAAAGCUGUAAAUCAGAAUGUCAUUAAAUGUGAAUAUAAAUCCUUC